AUGCAAAUAUCAGGGACUUCUUCCUCAGACGUACCAAUCCGUCUUAUCACCCAUAACAUCCGUUAUGCCACCACCAGCCCAUUCCGUGGUGAGGAAAAGUGGCCUGUUCGACUCCCAUACGUGGUCAACUCGCUCAAGCUACACACUCGCUACAUUCCUGCCUCAUUCAUUUGCCUGCAAGAAGUCCUCCACUCGCAGCUCCUCGACAUUCUCGGCUCCCUCAAUGCUACCACUCCUGGUGAGUGGGCGUACAUAGGGGUCGGCCGGGACGAUGGUGCCGAGGCCGGCGAAUACGCGCCCAUCCUAUAUCGCCCCAAGGUCUGGAGGCUCAAUUUCUGGAAAACAAUUUGGCUGUCUGAGACACCAACAGUACCGUCAAAGAGCUGGGAUGCAGCGAGUAUCCGCGUCCUGACCAUUGGCGAGUUUACAAACAAUGAGACGGGCACCUCAGUGAUGGCUAUGAACACCCAUCUCGACGACCAGGGCUCGGUCUCGCGUAAAAACGCGGCAAAAAUGAUUAUUGCGCAAGUCGAGAAGGCGGCCUUCCCCACCUUCCUUGCGGGGGAUUUCAACUCCGAGCCGAACGAGGAGGCUUACUCGGUGCUGAAUGCCUCGGGAUCACCCGUGUCGGACUUGAGGGAUUAUUUGGAUGAGCGGUUGAGAUAUGGGCACGAAAACACAUUCACAGGGUUUGGGUACGAGGAGGAUGUGGGACCGAAGAGGAUCGAUUUCCUCUUCUUGAGCGGGAUGGGGAAAAAGAUUGAGAGAGGAGGGGUGAUGAUGGGGGAUGCGCCAUGGACGGUGGAGGACUAUGGCGUGCUAGAGAGUCGAUUUGACGAUGGUGUUUAUGCCAGCGACCACAGAGCAGUACUUGGGGAUGUGCUGCUUCAUUCUUGGUGA